AAAAUCACUGAACUAUCCCUUUAAUGUCUGUUAAUUUACCAGUUUAGGGUUUAGCUGUGUCGUUCAAAGCUAAUUCUAGAGGGAUGUUUGGCUGAGAGUGAGUAUAGUUCAUAUAACAGUAAAACGAUUGUUUUGUCUUGUGUAGAGCUGAGGGAAGUGUUUCUUUAACAAGUGUGAGGGAAAUGGAGCUGCAGCUUAUUUAGUUUUAUGGCAUUAUUGCUCAAUUUGGAGAUUAUUUCCCUCCUCACAGAGAUGGAAAAAUUGAUGCAGUGGUAUCGGGAGGAAUGACACCGUAGAUGUCUUCAGCAGAAGUAUUUAUUACAGGAGGACCUCAAGAUUGAGGGGACGACCUGACGACAGCGCCCUCUGACGUCUUCUUCCUGUUCCUGCGUCGUCCCAGCUCCGUCGGAUAGGACGACUCUCCCGCAUCUCACCAUCUGCUGAGGGCUGCUGUGUCCCCGCCCCCCUCCUAAGCCCCUCACCCCCCACACAACCUGCGAGUGAACCCGUGUCAGAGCCUUUGCCGACGCCUCUUCACCAAACCAGACACCAUGUAUUGCCUCCAGUGGCUGCUGCCGGUGCUGCUCAUACCUAAGCCGCUCAACCCGGCGCUGUGGUUCAACCACUCCAUGUUCAUGGGCUUCUACCUGCUCAGCUUCCUGCUGGAGAGGAAGCCCUGCACCAUCUGCGCCUUGGUCUUCCUCGCUGCCCUAUUCCUCAUCUGCUACAGCUGCUGGGGCAACUGCUUCCUGUACCACUGCCAGGAUGCCGCGCUACCGGACGCCGCCCACGACCCGGGGAUUGUCGGGACCUAGGAAGGUGGCGAGACCGGCGGGGAGAUCGGGGGGGGGGGGUAAUGGAAAUUACUGUAGAAUGAUACGGCCACACUUCUGGGGGUGGGAGCGCGUCGACAAGGUGGUGCUGAAAGACUGCUGGAGUGUUUAACUCACACAGGAGGCGGAGGAGAGCGAGCGCUGGAGGUCGGUUUGCCAACGCUGUAAAGAAAAACUGCAUUAGAUUUGAGGAGAGGAGCAGGAAGUGACAUCACAGGGGACAUUCUGAGAACUUUCAUGUAAGAGGAAGGUAGGGAUGGGGCGGCUUGAAACUCGACAUGAGAGAAGAAUUUUAUUUUCUGCAACUUUCAUUCCAGCAUUUGAAUGAAAAGUGGGCAAUAUGAAUAAUAGAUAAAUAUAUAUAUAUAAAUAAAUAAAUACAGUGACCUAAAGAGGCCGCUGUGUUUCAGGUCUCAGUAUUCUGGUUCCUGUGUAGCCCCGCCCACCUCUUCUUCGUUCGCCACAAUCCUGUCGGUUAGUUGUUAUUUUUAAGAAUGAAAAUCCUCCCAGAAUGCCUCACUUCACCCGACCCCCCACCCCAACUGAAAUCUGCAGACAGGAGCUCGAGGGUCAAGUUGCAUCCCUUGAUGCCAAGUUGGUGGCAUCAACCUGCCCGUUGGAGUCCGACCGCUCCCUAGGUCGUCAUCGAGAUCACACCACACACACUGGACAAUCAGUAACUCUAUUGUGAAUAACUCCCUCUCUGCCCCAUUGACACACACACACACACACACACACACACACACACACACACACACACUCACACUGUAAUAAUGCUGAGAAAUGAUCCCCUUGUUAUUACCCACAAUGCUCUGCAGCUGCUCCUCUCCUCAUCUUCCUCCUCCUGACUGCGAGACGUUUACGUUUUUGAUCGUAUGUUUUCUUUUUGCCGUUUCUUUUUAUCACGCAUGGGUUGACUUUGUUAUUAUUAAUUUUGUUUUCAUGCAUUAAGUUCGCACACACGUUUAAGUGAAUUUAAACAAAAUGCUGAAAGUUUUUCCAAAGGGUUUAGAAAUCUGGAUGUGUGUGUGUCGGGUGAAUGAAAGGUGUGUGUGUGUGUGUGUGUGUGUGUGAGAGAGAGAGAGACGGGCGAUGGAAGUGUUUUUUUUAGGGAUUGUUGUGAUGACAGGCGAGAGAACGAGCGGCGGUCAGGUCAGUAUUUACUGCGACAAUUAGCAAUACAGAGCAACGCUGGAGGUACCGACUUGUGUCACGUUUGUGUGUGUGCGCACGCGUCACUCCUGUGAGUGUUAUGUUAAGCUGUCAGACACAGGCUAAGGUGUUUAUACUGUGUGUGUGUGUGUGUGUGUGUGUGUGUGUGUGUGUGUGUGUGUGUGUGUGUGUGUGUGUGUGUGUGUGUGUGUGUGUGUGUGUGUGUGUGUGUGUGUGUGUGUGUGUGUGUGUGUGUGUGUGUGUGCAGCGGUGCAGAUCACGCUCACUGCUACAUGAUCGCUAUGGUUUUAAUUUAAAUAAAGUUUUUUUUUUUCCUCAA